UACGAAAUAUUUAGAAUUUUUUUUCUGUCAUGUUAGAUUGUCUAACAUGACAAUGGCGGGUUAUUUUCCGAAGGCAUUGCGCUACAUAUCGUAACCAUCAUAACCUAUAAAUAUUCUUAUAUUUUAUGAGUAUACAAUACAGUUUAAUAUAAUUAAACAAAUAUGUAUAAGCGUGCAGCAACUGGUAGUGCGAUGGUAUUAGCAAGAAAUUUCGGAUUUAUUAAGGAUCACGCAUUUGUAAGUGUAAGAAAUAAAAAGUUUGGCUCGACGACUCAAAAUUCUCGAUAUAGACCACUAACUCCAAUAAACACUAUUGUAAUGUUUGUUCCUCAACAACAGGCAUGGAUUGUAGAAAGAAUGGGAAAAUUUCAUAAAAUUUUAGAACCAGGUUUAAAUAUUUUACUUCCUGUUGUUGAUAAAGUGAAAUAUGUACAAAUUUUGAAGGAAUUAGCGAUAGAUGUACCACAACAAAGUGCAGUUACAUCAGAUAAUGUAACUCUGAGUAUUGAUGCUGUAUUGUAUUUAAGAGUAACUGAUCCUUACCUAGCAUCUUAUGGUGUUGAGGAUGCUGAAUUUGCUGUAAUUCAAGUAGCCCAAACCACUAUGAGAUCUGAAUUAGGAAAGAUAUCUUUAGAUAAAGUAUUUAGGGAAGAAAGUAUUAACAAGGCCAGUAGUGCAUGGGGAAUAACAUGCUUACGAUAUGAGAUACGUGAUAUAAAAUUACCACCACGGGUGCAGGAAGCAAUGCAAAUGCAGGUAGAAGCCGAACGGAAGAAACGUGCUGCUAUAUUAGAAUCUGAAGGUGUCAGAGAGGCUGAAGUAAAUGUAGCAGAGGGCAAACGACUUGCACGAAUUUUAGCUUCAGAAGCUGCAAGGCAAGAGCAAAUAAAUAAAGCUACAGGACAAGCUGCAGCGGUAGUAGCAGUAGCGGAGGCACGAGCAAAAGGAUUACAAGUAGUUGCAAAUGCUCUUGGUGCAACAGACGCAAAAAAUGCGGCAGCGCUUAGCAUAGCAGAGCAAUAUGUCAAUGCAUUCGACAAAUUAGCAAAAGUUAAUAAUACAUUGAUAUUGCCGAGCAAUGUAGGAGAUGUUUCGACAUUUGUAGCACAGGCGAUGGCAAUUUAUAAACAAGUAAUGCCUGAACACAAUACUAACAAUGAGCAAACAAAACAAGUAAUAGAUAACCAUCACUCAAAUGCUGCAGUUCAAAUGGAAGAUUCAGAUGAAUCGUAUGAAUAUUUCAGUGAUAAGGAAGAAGCUGAAAAGCAUAGAAAGACCGAAAAACAAAAUCUGCAAUAGAAAUAUAUUUUCAUAUUAUUUAAUUAAGUUUCACGAUGUAAAUAUCAUGAUAUACAAUCGUACAUUUAUUCUAUUAACUUGGAUAUUUCAUUGGUCAAUAUUUUUUUUAUGUAUUACAAAUGAAUAAAUUCAUACAUACAAAAUUAA